UCCGAACCUGCAGCCAGGGGGGCGGUGGCCGACUCCCGAUGUCGUCCCUGGCGGCCCCAGGUUCAGACAGCUGAUUUGAAUACCAGAACCAGCAUUUUCCCCCAGAAUCUCAGAAAAGAGUUGUCAAGCAGAUCCCAGACCCAGAGAGCAGGUGCUUUGGACAAUGAACUGGAUAAGCCCAUUCCUGAUGUAAAAAUGUCGCACAGUAACCGGGAGCUGGUGAUUGACUUUCUUUCUUACAAGCUCUCACAGAAAGGAUACAAUUGGAGUCAGUUUGAAGAUGAGAACAGGACUGAGGUUCUAGAAGGGGCAGAGAUACCUAGUACUGUGAAUGGCAGUCCCUCUUGGCACCCCGCUGACAGCCGUGCUGUGAGUGGGGCCACAGGGCACAGCAGCAGCCUGGAUGCCCAUGAGACAAUACCAGUGGCUGCUGUGAAGCAAGCUUUGAGGGAGGCAGGAGAUGAAUUUGAACUUCGGUACAGGCGGGCAUUCAGUGACCUGACAUCCCAGCUCCACAUCACUCCAGGAACAGCUUAUCAGAGCUUUGAGCAGGUAGUGAAUGAACUCUUCCGGGAUGGGGUGAACUGGGGCCGAAUUGUGGCAUUCUUCUCCUUCGGAGGGGCAUUGUGUGUGGAAAGCGUGGAUAAGGAGAUGGAAGUCUUGGUAGGACGCAUCACCUCCUGGAUGGCCACUUACUUGGAUGACCACCUAGACCCUUGGAUCCAAGAAAAUGGCGGCUGGGACACCUUCGUGGAACUUUAUGGGAAUGAUGCAGCUGCAGAGAGCCGGAAGGGCCAGGAACGCUUCAACCGAUGGCUGCUGACUGGCAUGACAGUGGCCGGUGUAGUCCUGCUGGGGUCCCUAUUCAGCCGGAAGUGACCAUAUACACUGAAUCUACCUUGGAACCUUGGAACCUAUCUGAUCCACCCCACCACACCCCAUUCUGGUCUGUACUCUGUCUUGACACAGAGGAAAACCACUACAUGAAGCUGACAUCUAUCACAUGGGGCUGAACCAUCCCAAUCCCCUCUCCACUCCUCAUCUCCUAGUUCCCCAGUAUGCAGUCUGAGACCCUUGGCCCCUUUGAUCUCUAAGUCCUCCAGAAAGAAAAAACAUACAACUUCUUGAACCUCUGCAACACUGGGGGGUGCUGGCUGCCUAGUCAUGACCUCUUCCCUGUCUUCAAACUGCCUAGAGCUGGGCCUCUCCCCAAACCUGACCAAAUCAAGAAGGAUCAAAAAAACUUAUAAAAAACCUCCAUAGAAUUUUUCAGUGGUAGGGAGAAACAGAAUAAAUUAACUUCAUUUUUAUUUUUGUGUUAUCUUUCCGGUCCCUAAUGUUGGGAAGGGCCAAGAAGAGGUAUUCUCUGAACCAGGCCUCUACAUUACCAAGGACAGAUUUUUCUCUAAAGACUUCCUGCUUGGAGCAGUGAGUAGGUAACUUACUUGUGUAAUCCUAUAGUUAGCUGUCACAGGGUCCAGAUCACCAGGUUUGGGUAGCCUCCCUUAGGCACCUCCAAACCAUGCCCCACCCACCACCUUCAGAGGUAGCCUAGGAAUCCAGCCAUACAGGCAGCCCAGAGUGUCUCAGGAAAGUGACUUGGCCUUGACUGUCUUGGUUGGUCAGUUGGACCAGUAUUUUUUACUGGUUAAUGGACCUAUAGAAGGAAGGUAUGAUGGGUUCAGUAGCAUAUCCAAAUUCUAGAACUGGACCCCUAAAUAACCCUUCUUACCUUCCUCCCUAGCUCCUGCCCCUCAAAAGGAAACAAGUACAGGGAGAGACCCAGAAAAGUAGCAGCUGACAGCUGUUUGCAACUCUUUUCCUUAGUCAUCUUAGUUCUUAGAGCUCCUGGGAGAAUGUGGACCUGGUUCUUUCCUGAAGCACUUUCAACCGGUGCCCAGAUAUACUGACCUGGAGGUGAAGGGGACCCCCAGAGUGCCUAGCAAUACUUACAGGGGUUCCCAAGCACCCCUUCCCUUCAUCAUUUAAGGUGGCAUUUUCUAGUGGAAUAAGUCCUGGGCCAAAUCUCAGCCUCACACUAAGAAGCUGGUAUGUCCUUGAGCAAGUCAGUCCUGUGAGCAUGUUUUCUUCUUUAUUAAAUGAAGGCCUGGACUAGCUAAUCUACAAGAUCCUGUGCCUCUCUUCUUAAAAGAGAGCCUGACUGUUUGCUUGGUGGAUAGCAUAGGGGAAGGGGAGGAGGGAGGCUGACCCUGAGAAAGAUUAGACUCCCCCAUACCAGCUUCCUUCUCAGGCUGUACCGCAAACCUCCCCCUCUCCAAGCUUUCAGAAUUCAGAUUUGGGAUGCUUACUGCUUCACCUAGCCCGGCUGUGUGUUUGUCCCUCCCGGCAGCCUCCCAAACUGUGGCCUCUCUCAUGGUCCCAGUCCAUCUCCCAAAUGGUACAGCCCUACCAUUAAAAAUGUUCUCCUUAUCCCAGUUUACGGAUCAGCCAAUUCUUCCAUCACUUCCUCUUGACCCUCCCUGUGCCUCCUUGCCCCUGUAUCAUAGUCUUGUCUUUGCUGUAUAUAUUUGAGAUUAGUUUUUAUUCCUUGUGAAGAUGAUAUACUAUUUUUGUUAAGUGUGUCUGUAUUUAUGUGAGGCUCUGCAGGGCUGUCGUGUGGUGAACGCAUGGGGAGAUGGUUCCCCCAUCCCUAUUCCAACCCCCCACCCACCGGCCCUUUUCAGUGCCCUAGGGCGAGGGGAGACUGAUUACUUCCCAACCCAGGCCUAGGGUCUUCCCCCUCCCUCUUCCCCCAGCCCCUCAUAUCCUGGCUCUUUGAAGUAGUCUGUGUGGUGGUGGAAGUGCAGUUCAAUUAAUAAACUGUGUUUAAUUUGC